UUGGCCAGGAUCGAGCAUUGAUAAGGCUCGAUUGAUAAGCAUGCGUGCGUUACUGCAGCGCACGCGACGCGCGCAGACAGUCGCGCAUCGCUGUCGCAGCGUAACCGGCCCGUCGAGAGCCUUGGCAGCCACACAACGCAGAACAACGCUGCGCAGCGCAAUACUGCGCCGCACAGCAGCGCUCCGCAGAACCAGCACCGAUGCCACGCCGAAGAAAGAGAAGCCGCCGUCGUUCCACAGUGAAAAAGGGGGCGUCGUCGAAAACAUGAAAACAAGCGCGACGCGCAACGCAGAAACUCUGCCGGCCCUCAACGACCUCGUGGGCCUCGCGGGCUUCGGGCUGAUCACGGUGCAAUGGUUGAUGGAUGAUGUAUUGGUACUACGAAGCUUCGGCCUGGCGUCCUGUGCGUCGAUGAUUAUCUUCAAUCUCUGCCGCAAGCCGCCGGUGAUGCUCCCGGUGUAUUUCAACGUGCUUUUCAUUGCGGUCAACGGGUACUUCGUCGCGCGAAUCAUGGAUGAAAGAAGGGACAUCGAGUUAUGUGGCGACGCCGCCGCCCUGUGGGAUACGGCACUCUCGGACUCGGGCUUACCGCGCAAAGGCGUGCAAUUGCUGGUGGAGGCGGGUGACCUAGUAUUGCUGCAGCCGGGCGAGAUCCGCUCGCGGGAAGGCGCGCCGCGGCGGAAUCGAGUCGCGAUAAUUCUCGAAGGUUCGGUGUCGGUGGAUCUCUCCGGAGAGCACCUCGCAGACAUACCCGUCGGCGACUGCGUCGGCGAGUUCGGCUACGUCAAUAAGCGGGGCAUCGACGACCCCGUCGAGCAUGUGAGUACGUCGUGUGGCGGCAGCGCGGCCUGCCGUCUGAUCUCGUGGGACUACGAAGAGCUCGACGCGCACGUCGCAUCGCGACCGGAUGCUAAACGCGCCCUCGAGCACUUUUUCGCCAAGAAGCUGCUGGAGAAGCUGGAGCACAUGAAUGAGAUGCACGUCCACGACCAGCAGCUCCUCCACCCAGGAGGACAAGGUCGCCUCUCCCGCUGGCGGCGAUCGCUCCUCGGGUGA